AUAUGUGAAUCAUUUGUUUUUGAAUUUCUACCCGACACACUUGCAUCAGUUAUUAAGACGGAAAAACUCGAUGAAACGGACAUUAAAAUCUAUACUUGGCAAUUAUUUAAUGGACUUCGCUAUUUAAGUAUGGUGAGUGAGGAACUUCGUAAGCUCGCUGUUCCUCCAUAUUACAUCCUUGCAUCGCCUAUUGACCUUCUGUUUCAGCAUCAGAUAGUUCAUCGUGAUAUAAAGCCUUUAAACGUGCUAAUAGAUCACACAUCAGCACUUUUGAAAAUUGGCGACUUUGGUUCAGCCAAAAUCGUUAGAAGGCUCACUAAGUCAACAGCGUAUCAGGUUACGAGAUUUUACCGCCCUCCUGAAUUACUGCUGGGUUCAGAAUAUUACAAUUGGACUGUUGAUUUAUGGUCGGCUGGUUGCGUCCUCGGAGAGAUGUUACGUGGCAGCGUACUUUUUCCUGGACGACAUUACAAACAUCAGUUAAAGUUAAUUUUCUUGUGUCUUGGCAGUCCAACGGAAGAAGACGUUAAACUUAUGAAGGUUCCAACACGAAUAGUGUCCAACGGUCGCGUUGUGGUUGGUACUGGACUGGGUACGGUAAGUCUUCCAACUCGCUUCGACUCAGGUCAACCGGUCGUUUGCGCUGUCCAAGACGCUGACCCAGGAAUGCUCGAAGUUUUGGCAAAAGUUCUUGUGUACCGCCCGUGUAACCGUCUGUAUGGUCGCCAACUAUUGACGCAUCCCGCAUUCGCUUCAAUCCUCAAACCGGGAGCCAAGCGAUCCAAUGGACAGCUGAUUUCGACUAUAGUAACGCCACAAGACAUCAAAGAUGUUGAGUGA